GCUUUCUGGCUACUGUAAAAUAGAACUCCUCUGUGGUGAAAAGAUUUUGGUUUUACUUUUCAAGACAUUCCCAGGAGAAUGGGAUCAUUCAGCUGUCAGCUCCUAUUAGCAUCCUUGAAAUCUGUCAGGGAAAACAAGCCUUAUUCCUCAUUGCUCUGCAUCAAAGACACAUAAGCUGGAACUACCCUGACUUCCUGCACUGCACCCUUCCAGGAGUGAUAGCAUCCCAUACCUAAUAAGGAAAAGGGUGGAAGAAGAAAUACGGAAUAGCAGAAGCUGAUGAUGGUGCUGGACGUGGUGCUCUGGAAGAAGCUGCUGCUACAGAGAGCCCUGUGUGACUCCAAUACUGAACUGAAGGAGCUCAAACAAACAUCCGUGUCUGCGCCAAGGAAUUCACGACUGAGGCACAGAGUGACAGUCUCACUGCUGCUACACAGAACUGAACAGUAAGGCAACGUGAGAGUAAAAUGGACAGCAGCACUGCAACUCCUGUCUCCAGUGGGGUCCAAACCAGAUACCCGGCGCAGCUGCACAAGCACUGCACACACUGUGACACUGCUUUCCCUACUUAUAAUGGUGUGAGCUACUCGUAUUGCCAUGGGAAGAGUCCACACAAUUUGUGAGACUUUUCCCUGCGGGCUCAGCUCGGGUACGGCCGGCCCUGGGCACGGUGCUCCUGCACUCCCCAGGUGUCCCGUAUCGCCGGGGGGGCUGGCACCUAAGGGGCGGCUACCGCGGCCAAGGAGCCGCUCCCCUCACGGUCCUCCUGUGCCCGCCACAAGCGGCAAAAUCCACCACAGGCAGAGAAAUCGGCCACAGCCCCUACGGCGCCGCAGCCCCUCAGCCACCGUCCCGGCGAGCCCUUGACAGAGCGACGACCCCGCCUUCCGGCCCUGCGCCACCACAGGCGGGGCCGCGCACGCGUGUCACAGCAGGACUACCCUGAAGGUCAGCUUUCAUCAUGCUGAGAUUUGGGCAGCACCUCAUCAAGCCCUCCGUGGUGUUCCUGACGACAGAGCUGUCCUUUGCUCUGGUGAACCGCAGGCCAGUGGUGCCAGGACAUGUCCUUGUUUGUCCCCUGCGGCCGGUGGAGCGUGUCCAUGACCUGUGUCCCGAGGAAGUGGCUGAUUUGUUUCUUACAGCACAAAGGGUUGGAAAUGUGGUGGAGAAACAUUUCUGUGGCACCUCGCUCACCUUUUCUAUCCAGGAUGGCCCUGAAGCUGGACAAACAGUGAAGCAUGUUCACGUCCAUGUGCUUCCAAGGAGGGCUGGAGACUUCAGCAGGAAUGAUGAUGUCUAUGAGGAGUUGCAACGACAUGACAAAGAGGAUUCCCCUGACAAGUGGAGGACAGAAGAAGAAAUGGCAGCUGAAGCAGAAAUUCUGAAGAAGUAUUUCCAGGAAAAUUAGAGGUAACAAAGUAUUUGGAACACAUCCCAUGACAUCAGAAAGUCCCCAGAAAGAACGACCUCAUUCCCCAGUUCUCAGUGGCCCUGGAGCUGCAGCUCAAUAAUUUUAUUAUGUUCUACAAAUAUGGGAUUCUUCUAUGAAAAAUUUUAUUGGACCUUUGGAUAUCGUCAAGGUUGAAUUCCAGCUAAGACAACUAAACAGCACUGGUUUAAAAUAUUGCUCUGAAUUGUAACUCAUAUUUUUCUGAAUUGUGUACUUGGGAACGAAUCUUUUUAAAUUGUCCCUUGGCCUAAAUAGAAAUAAAGUUCCAGGAAAAUCAGGUAA